AUGGCCUUCAGUCAGCCAGCCAAAGGUCGGUGUUUUGUUGUCUUAUUUCGUAGAAUUUCGAAUUCCAAAAUUUCCCAGCAUCUGCUGGACCUCCAGGAAAAAAACAUGCUAAAACUUACCAUUGAUUCGUUUUCUGUCCCCGACGUGCCAAAGAAGGAUACCGUCUUCCAUUACAUCUGUGCACUUCGCGGCGAGCAUGUUUUCAAAUGUUUUCCCGGGACCCUGGAAAGCAAAAAGUAUGCGUUUACAAUUGAUCCGGUGAAAGAAUACUUUGUGUCUGGAUCUUUUAAUUUGGUGCUGUACUCCUCCUUCAUCUCCAUGCAGGACGGAAAGUCUCACAUUUCGAAUCAGUUCCAAACGGAUCUUGGCAGGUUGGAUAUUUCUCGGAAAGCAGACCAAGCUACAAUCAAUGCCGACAGAUUGUCUAUGUUGGGGCCGAACGCAUGGAGAGACUCGUGUGGCCCGCUUCCAGAAGUUGUAUCAAGCGGAGAGCCAAAGUCCCCCCCAAAAGCAAGCACCUUGCUUUCUUUUGUUUUUGUGUUUUUAGUGAUCGUUGUGCCUUGGGUUUCGCUACUUUAUUUGUCAUCAAUUGGCUAUGGCUGGAUAUCUUCACCACCUUAA